GAGAGCCCUGAGCCAGCCUCUCGUCUGACGACUGUCAGCUGCUGCUACCUCCAGCCUGUCCUCCACCCAGGCUUGUCACCGUGCCACCUCUCAGCAGGGCUGCGGGAUAAAGGAGGGCAUGUCCAGUAACAGCACCACCAGCAUCUCACAGGCCCGCAAGGCCGUGGAGCAACUCAAGAUGGAAGCCUGCAUGGACAGGGUGAAGGUGUCCCAGGCAGCCGCAGACCUCUUGGCGUACUGUGAGGCCCACGUCCGGGAGGACCCUCUGCUCAUGCCUGUGCCCUCGUCGGAAAACCCGUUCCGAGAGAAGAAGUUCUUCUGUACCAUCCUCUGA